AUGGCCCAUAAAUUUAGGGGUUUCUGGUGAACACAGGCUGUUGGCUUAUUUAAUCUAAGGCUGUGAUUCCCAAUGUGAUUCCCACAAGGGGGCAAUUUGAUUUUUAAGAGGGGCAGUUCGAGAAUGAGUUAUUAACAGUGAAGGGCCUUUUAGGCAUCCUCCACGUGAAUAGUUCACUUUUUGAAUAUUAAGAAUUAUAUGUCGGGAUGGGGGGAGGCAUCAGGAUUUUAGAGAUGCUUAGGUGGGGCAUGGCCCCCCCAAAAAAGGUUGGGAACCACUGAUCUAAAGUCUCUGGGAAUCCAGUCGUUGACCCCUCACAGAGCUACAAUUCCCAGAGACCUUAAACUACAGUUCCCAUGAUCCUUUAUGAGUGGGGGAGGGGUAAGCCAUGUGCUUUUAUUUACUUAUUACUGUAUAUUUCUGGGCCUUUUUUCUUGGAAGGAGCUCGGGGUGGCGCACGGAUGCUUCUCCUCCUCCCCAUCAUUCCGACAACCCUGUGCUGCCGCGUGGUUGCGGGUGUUACCUAAGAAGCUGGUUACCUAAAGAAAACGGGAUUUUUCCCCCUCAGAGAAAAGCGCGUGCAGCCCAAGGCGGCUCCUUCCGUAGAAAAAAACAAACCACCUUCAUUUGGCCACUAAACCAGAGAGCUCUUGUGAAAGGACGCCAGGUGCCCUGGAGGCGAGCGGGCGAGCGGCUGCUGCGCGGCGCAAAUCUCCAAGGCCUCUGGUUUGCUUUUUACUGCAGCAACAGCAGCAGCAACAAAAAAACACAGCAGCUGCUGCUACCUCGGCUGCCGCCGCCGCCGCCGCCAUCUUAAAAACAGCAUUUUGCAGCGGGGCGGGUUUUGGCGGGCAGGCCUGCCUCUGCGCUGAGCUCACGCGCCGCCGGCUCCGUCCCACGCGCGCUGCUCCCGUGCGCCCAGGCGACACCGGCGCCGUGGGCCGGAGAUGCCCGCCUUGCUUUGCCUGCCGUUGCUGCUGCAGCCGCCGUAGGGCGAGGGCAGGUAAACGAGGGAAAGGGGGAUCCCCUUCCUUCCUUCCUUCUUUCUCCUUCCAUAACCCCCGCGCCUUGACUCCGCUCCCAAACAGCAGCGAGGAGACGCCGCUCGCCUCUCCACAGGUUCACCUUGGACGGCAGCCACUACUACGAGGGCAAUGGGAGACUGAGAGAGCUGGGGAAGGGGAUGCUGGAAGCAGAGCCCCCUGCGAACACUUAGGACCAUAUUAUUAUUAUUAUUAUUAUUAUUAUUAUUAUUAUUAUUAUUAUUAUUAUUAUUAUUUUAUUAUACCCAGCGGGGCCGCCCCAAAGUGAAGCCACCCCAAAAGGGCCAGCGCGCAAAGACUUGGGACUGUAUGACUUUGCAUUUGCCAGGUGACUUUGCAUUUGCGGGGUUUCUGGGACGUGUCUGUGUGCACGGCUUUUAUUGGGGUCGGUGCAGUUGUGGGGCGACUCCCGCCCUCUGGCUCAGGUUGCCAUGUGGUUGCGUGCGCGUUGCGUCUGCGUUUAGGGGUCUCCCCUUCGGGUUCGUCCGCCGGCGCGCGAGGGCCGCCGCGUCUGGCUCAAACUCUCCACCAGCAAAUCGCCCUCUCUGGUAAACAGGAUCCCAUUGGCUGCGGCGCGUCUUUCGGGGUGGGUGCAAGGCGUUUGCCGCGGGCGGAUUGGCGGCGACCCUUUCCCUUUAAAUCAAGUAAUCGCAGCCCGCAGCGGUUUGCAUCUCGGCCCGGCCUUUUCGCGUGUUGCAAACCGGAUAAGCCAAGUCGUGGGCGGUGGGGGACAAUUUACAAGGCAUUUGUGUGGUUUCUGUUUAAAUCGCCCUAUCUGCGCUUGAAGCCAACCGAAGACGUGUUUCUUUUUCUUCUUUUUUUGCAAGAAGAGAACAGCUGGGUAUCUGGUUCCAUAAGGCGAUGGUGAAUAUCGGUUCCCCCUUUUACAGAUGAGGGGAAACAUGAGUUUUCUUAAAGUCGACAGAAAGUUAGGUGCAUCCUGUUCCUAUUUAAAUCAGCAGAUGAUUUUUUUGGUGGGUUGAGUAGGUAUUUUUCACCACUUUGGAGGUGUAAUUGCAGCAUUUAAUCAUAACUGUGGUGUUAACGUGCAGUAAAAUAUUUUGUUAUGUUCUUCUUCUAAACUGCAACUGCAGUUGCAGUUACUUGGUCUUAGGGUAGUGUCUUAGACUUUAAAAUGUUUGACUGCUUUUGAUGCUGCAUAAACCAUAUAUAACAAUAUACCACUUUGACAAGCAUUCCUUCCUGUAUGUGAGGCACUAUGCAUGAAGUGGUGCAUGUGUGCCUCAUCUAAAAAGGAAGCAAGCAUAUUUUUCUUUAAAACCCUCCUUUGUUUGCAUAUCUGGAUUUAAUUGGGUAGCCAAUUAAAGUUCAUAUAGUCAAUCAACCAUUCUUUCUUAACUAGGCAGCAGCCCUACAAAUAAUAUUGAUAGCAUUGUGAUAUUAUACUUAAGAUAUUUAGGUGGUGUUUUGUUUUAUUUAUUUAUUAAUGUGGCAUGAUUUCAGUGAGACUUGCAUGCUUGUUCAUAAACAGGGCUGUUUGUGAAUAUCACAGCUUAUCACCAUCUGGUCCAUUGGCACUGUUUGGAUACAGUGCAUAGAACUGGCAAAUCUCUUUGGGAUGGUUGUUUUUGUCAGCCCAGUUCAGUUCAGCCUAUUUUCUCAAGUGGCAAAGUAGAAAUAGGAAUUUAACCAUUAUCUUUACUGGAAUUGAAUCAUGUUUAUUUGGGGGCAGAGGCACUGAGGCGGUUGGCUGGCUUAGAAUAUGGAUCACCUUGUGUUUUGCAUUUGACUGGCCAAAAAUAUUUGUCCUGUUGAUUGGUCCACUAUUGUUAAAGCACUACCGUUAACGAAAAUAGCAAUAAAAAUAAUCGUCAAAAGGUUUGGUAUUUAUAUUAACUACUGUUAGCUGCUGUUGUGAACCUUUUUUAUAUUAAAAAAGCUGUAAUUCAGUCCCAUCCAUUAUUAUUAUUAUAUCAUCAUCAUCAUCAUCCUUGUGCCUUGGUUUGUAAAGCAGAAUAGUCUAUGAGAGUGUGACUGAUCGAACACUCUGGGUUUUUUUAUGGCCAAUUGAGGGUAUGAAUUUGGUUGUAGUCUGACCAACUUGGUCUUUUGGCACUGAUGACUUACUGCGGCCCUAUUUUUGCUGUGGUCUAAACCACAGAGCCUAGGGCUUCCCUAUCAGAAGGUCUGCAGUUCAAAUCCCCGUGACGGGGUGAGCUCCUAUUGUUUGGUCCCAGCUCCUGCCCACCUAGCAGUUCAAAAGCACGUCAAAGUGCAAGUAGAUAAAUAGGUACCACUGCGGCGGGAAGGUAAACGGUGUUCCCGUGCGCUGCUCUGGCUUGCCAGAAGCGACUUAGUCAUGAUGGCCACAUGACCCGGAAGCUGUCUGCAGACAAACGCUGACUCCCUUGGCCUAUAGAGCGAGAUGAGUGUGCAACCCCAGAGUUGUCCGCGACUGGACCUAACGGUCAGGGGUACCUUUACCUUAGGUAACCGGGGUGGGGUGGGGUGAAGUUACAUUAUGCUGUGCUCUUAGGUUUGCUCCCUGACUGCUGUUGCAUGAAGGUUAAAAGCUGUCUUCCUCCCUCCUAAAAAAGACAACACCACAAUGAAAUAAAAAGAUAGGCAGUGGCAUUCUUGGUAUACUAUAUUUGACCUUGGUGACCAGCAGUCCCUUGGACAAAACAUGACUCUUAGAGGCUUGCCCCAUAUUUACCAACCACGGAGGAAAGCAGAUUCAGUAGGAGAACUUGGCAGCAGUCUACUUCCACACCUGUCCUUUGGCAAGACUUAAGUGACGACUGGGACCUUAGAUUCAUAAGGGCAUAAUGAAUGAAAAUGGACAGGCCAGACCUUUGCUUUGUCAACAGAAUUAGUAAGGAAACCUGAUGUUUACUCAGCCCCCUAUUUGUCAAAGAGAUUAAUGUUAACCCUUCACAUCUGCGGUGCAAAUGUUAGGAGCCUUUCUGAGAACUUACCGUAUUUUUUGCUCUAUAAGACUCACUUUUUCCCUCCUAAAAAGUAAGGGGAACUGUGUGUGCGUCUUAUGGCGCGAAUGCAGGCUGCGCAGCUAUCCCAGAAGCCAGAACAGCAAGAGGGAUUGCUGCUUUCACUGCGCAGCGAUCCCUCUUGCUGUUCUGGCUUCUGAGAUUCAGAAUAUUUUUUUUCUUGUUUUCCUCCUCCAAAAACUAUUUUUUUUUUUUUUUUAAAUCAUAUUUAUUAAAGUUUCCAAAAAAUAUAAAAAUACAAAGAAAAAAGACAAAAGAAAAAAGAUAUUUAAAAACCUUCCUUUCAUUCCCUACUUUCUGGGACUCCCCCCUCCCCCCCCCCAAUUGUAUUUCCCUUUCCUUAAUUUGGUUCUACAAGCUCUCACUCCCAAUUUAAAGCUUAAUUUGUUUAACCCACUAUCCAGAUUGAAUUGUACAAAUCUUACCACCGUCCCACAUCAUUAACAGGAAAAAAAAAAAAAAGAUUUUCCCCAAGAUCCACCCCAGUUCCUUCCACAAAUUCCCUUUUUUUUAAACACGUCCGAUCAAAAUAAAAUAACAUGCGUAAGUUAUGUAAAGAAAUAGAAAAUAAGAGAUAUAGAAAAAUUCAAAAAAUGGUUACACAGCCUUUGGAUUUCAAAUCUACCCCCUUCCCGGUUUGAAUUCCCCAUGUCCAUCAGUCUAUACAUUAUCAGCUUGGAAGUCUCAUUUCAUGACCAGAUUUCUCCCGAUUCCAUCUUGCCGGUUUUCUUUUAGUUUAUUAAUUUAAAUAAUAUUUGACUUCAAAUGUCCAAUCUAACAAAGGCCUUUAAUUUCCUUGAUCUUUACCACUCCUCCCGUUGUUCUUUCCGUGUCGUAAUCAGUCCUUUAUUCUUCUUAUUCCUCACUUUCUCAGGUUUCUUGUCCUGUUCAGCUGCUAAAACUUUCUAAUUCAGAAAUCUAAUGUCUCUGCAGAGGUUUGUUAUUCAGGAACAAAAACUUACGUCCAGUCCCUUUCUUUCUUCAAUAAAUAUUUCCCUUGGCGUCCUCUGUAGACAAAAUACUCUUUCAGUUUUGCAGCUUUCCCAGAAGAUAACAAAUCCUGUGCGAAUCCCAGGGUAUUUUUCCACUUACGACCGUUCUUGUAGUAUCCCGAAACCCCUCUAGGGGGAUUGUAAUAACUUUGUAUCCUCUAAUCCAAAAGUCAAAUUGUUGCUUAUUUUCCAACAGUUUAUAUCCAUAUUAUAGCAAAUUGUAACAAAAUUAACCAGCAAGGUCCUCAUAAAGUCCUCUUUAUAUUCUCCAGCUUUAACAGCCACUUUGACAGCUGUCAAAGUCUCCGUCUCUCUUCACCAGGCUCCACGAAUCGCCCCGGUUCCCAGGGGGGGGGUUGCAUUUUUCUUCUCACCCUCCACUCUUCUCCUCCAGCACAUUUCUUAUAAUUUCCCAUCAUGAAAUUAAUGAUUUUUAUCAGAGACAUACUUCCCUUUGGACCUUGGUUACCCAGUCCUUGUUUUGGAAUGCUUACAAUAGGGGGGGGGAUUGACUUCCUUUUUAAAUCGCCCCCGCUCGUGCCAAAUCCAAAAUUUUGAACCCGGGUUCCCAAUUACUCACGGGUUGUUGUUAAUAGUCCAAAUUUUCAAUAGAAGAAGUCAGCGCUCUCCGUCGAAUGGCAUGCGGCUGCGCUCGGCAGGGAAAGCAGUGGACUCAAAGCACCACGCCACUCGCCGGCACCCGAUCCGAAGCCUUUAAAAGGCUCCUGCACGAGUCGGGAGGGCGCUAAUGGAGCAAGCCGAGUCACCCAUGGCCACGGACUCCGUGCCCGGGGGUUUUACGGGUCCCCGCGUCGCCGGCGCGGUAGGACCCAACCCCUGCCGAGCAGACUCCCUCCGAAGCUCGGAGGGAGUCCGCCAUUCGGCGAUGGCGCUAACCCGGAAGUCCUUCCUCCUCCAAAAACUAGGUGCGUCUUGUAGAGCGAAAAAUACGGUAAUUCAUAUGAUAAUAAACAAUUUUAUGUGAAACGUGUGACUUUGUAACAUUUGACUGCGCUAUUUGUAUACAAGCCAGGGGUCUAAAGAUGGUUGUUGCCAUCUGGGGAGAAUAAUAUUUUUAUGAUUGUUAGGCUUUGUAGAUGUUUUCUAUUCUCUUGUUACUUAUUUCUUUUAAAAACCUCAGAUAAACGUUUUUGUAUUGUCAUGUGUCUUAGAUGCUUUCAGAGAAACAAUGAUGGGCAAAGAACUGUUAAGAGUUUUGAAUUAAUAAAAUUUGAGAUUGCUUAAUUUGAGGGAGGUCCUAUGACGACUGCUGUUGUGCCCCCCCCUUUAUUAACCAUCUCAAACAUUAAAAUACCUUCACAAUAGCACUUUUUUUAUCUGUCUUGUGUCAGGAUAUGAUUGUUUGAUCCCCAGAUUUAAAAUAUGAGGUGACUUGUAGAAGGUUUUGCUUGGUUUACAAGAAGUCUACAAUUUAUGCCAUGGGUAAAUAAACUAAGGCCUGGGGGCCAGAUCCGGCCCAAUCACCUUCUAAAUCCGGCCCACGGACAGUCCGGGAAUCCGCGUAUUUUUACAUGAGUAGAAUGUGCCCUUUUAUUUAAAAUGCACCUCUGAGUUAUUUGUGAGGCAUAGGAAUUCGUUCAUCCCCCCCCCCCAAAAAAAAUACAGUCCGGCCCACCAUAAGUUCUGAGGGACAGUGGACUGGCCCCCUGCUGAAAAAAAGUUUGCUGACCCCUGAUUUAUGCCUUUAAAAAAUCUUGAGUAGGGUAACAAAAGGGUAAAAUUAUGCAGCUAGGUUCCUCCUACAGAGAUUUUACUUCAGCUUGGUUGGAAAAAGCUACAUUCAAUCAGUGUAUCUUCCAUUAAAUAGCAGAUAAAUUUAUCUACCAAGAUUCUUUUGUUGUAGAAACAUUGUCCUCUUUGACAUUUCGUACACUUGGCUUACGAUAACAUUUUAGGGCAUGUUGUUUCAGUUUGAUAUUUGCCCAAAGUUACCCAAAUUAAAGCCUAACAGACAUCUUAAAUGUGAAUGAGACAGAAAUGAUCACCUUUCUGUAACAAUCAACCCCCCCAAAAUAUAUAUUUUACUAUUUGUGAAUAUGCAAAUAAAACCACAGUUUUCUUCACAAUGGAAACUAAAUACAGACGUUUGGUGCUGUAUCUACACAGUUUACACAAGAAUCUCUGCUUUGCCCAUAAUCAUGAAUCCUUCCAAAGCACAGUUCAUCUGCUUAUUCCUGAGUACGUCGUACCUUGGAUGUCGAAUGGAAUCCAUUCCUGAAGUCUGUUUGACUUCCAAAACGUUCAGAAACCAAAGCGUGGCUUCUUGAUUGGCUGAAGGAAGCUCCUGCAGCCAAUCGGAAGCCCCGUCAGACAUUCGGCUUCCAAAAAUAGUUCGCAAACCAGAACAGUCACUUCCGGGUUUGUGGCGUUUGGCAGCCAAAAAGUUCGAGAACUAAGCUGUUAGAAAACCAAGGUACAACUGUAUUCACCUAUACUGUAUAGGGAAUACAAACUUAACCAGCUAUAACAUUUUGGGGUGCAGCCACACCUCUUAAGAGGAAUGUUCAAGAUUCCAGCCUACAAUGCUGACAUGGUUUCGCCAAAGGGGGACAGCUGCCCCCCAAGAUUAAGUAAAACAAUAGAAAUACAGUGGUACCUCUAGUUAUGAACUUAAUUCGUUCCAGAGGUCCGUUCUUAACCUGAAACUGUUCUUAACUAGAGGCGUGCUUCCGCUAAUGGGGCCUCUUGCUGCCGCUGCACCGCCGACACACAAUUUCCAUUCUCAUCCUGGGGCAAAGUUCUCAACUCGAGGUAACUCUUCCAGGUUAGCGGAGUUUGUAACCUGAGGCGUUUGUAACGUGAGGUACCAGUGUACUUAACUAACUGACCAAUCAUGUCAAUUCUGCCCUCCCCAACAAAAGUCCCGCCCCCUCCCCAACAAAAAUCCUGGCUACGCCCAUGAAUGCUGACCUCAAUUUUCAAACAUUCCAUGGCUCCUAGAAUCCACUUGGCAUUCUUGGCCUUUGCUGAGCUGUUUGUUUAUUAUGUACAACCUUAUGUAUGUAUGCAAGGAGUGCCCUAAAUAUAUAGACACCACUAUCUUAAUUUAAGCGGGCUGUGUUUUGCCUUCUAACUCAUAGGCAUUCUACCACAUGAAUUGGCCAUUAGAGGAAACGAGUGGUGACCUGUAAAAACAACCACCACCACCACCAACAACGGUUGCACGGCAUCCUAAGGCACUAACAAGAACACUCCUGUUCUUGGUGCCAUCCAGACCUGUGGGGCUCAAGCAGACCUCUUCUCUCUCUCCACCCUUUUUAUCUUGGAGGGUAAUCCUGACCCUCAACAUUCUGUGGCUUUUGCUCCUCUGGAUCACCAACAUGCCACUGUAUAAUGAACUGCCCAUACAACAGUGAAAUGGCAGUUAGGCUGAGAGAAGCACAAUUUGCCCAUCUGCAGCAGCUUAUAAUUGUUGGCUAUUUGUAGUUUAGUAGCGCUGCGGAGAGCUUGCCGGGGAGACCAUGCAUUAAAAAGGGACUCAAAAAUAACUUAAACAAGGUUUUAAUAACAAAAACAAAAACUCCUUUUACACUAAAGAUAACAACAAACAUGACCCAACCACCAACCCAUCCCCCAGGGGAAUGAGAGAGCUAGGUGCUGCUCCUUAUAUACUAUGCCCAAAUGCUGACACAGCUUAAUUGACAAAACCUAGCAGCACCUGCUAUGUUUCACAGCUGUAAGACUGGGUCUCGUUAUUUGCCCUGGCCCUGGCCCUUAAAGACAUACACAACUUGUGAAACAAUAAUGAACCUUCAUAUUUUAAAGUGACCAUUCAACAAUAAUAGCAGCUAGCCAGCCAGGUGCAUCAUGGGAAUGUCAAGUUUCCUGCCUUUUCUGUGAGGGAAGAUCUUGCCGAUACUGCGACUCCAUUGGAACUGGAUGACCAGUGCAUCUUCUUGUUUGCCCUGGAGAUGCAUGUGUGGCUGAACAUGUACAAUGUUCCCAUUAUGAUGUGAUAAACGGUCUUAUCUCUACACUGAUUGCAUGACAAAUUAUUGUAUUAUGGCUUCCGUUGCUAAUGAAAUCCAGAGUCCUUCUCCCUGCACCCACCGAUUUUGAUUCUUCAAUAUGGCAAGCUUCAGUGACCUGACAUCAAAUCUAGAAAUGAUUGAAAUCAUAAAACUUGCUGAAAUAGUUUGAUUAUAGGAAAACAGAAGAAAAAAUAAACUUCUGAAAAUCAUGUUUUGGUAUUUUAACAUAAAUAAAAUCUAGACAAACAUUUUUUUUCUUAUGGAGAAGUUGUGUUAUCUUGCUUAAGGAUAACAGUUCUUUAGAUGUGCUAUCUUAUCUUUUCUUUCAACGGAAUAAUAUUUAUUUCAGCUCCCUAUUGGCCUUGUCUCCUACUUCCAGUUCCCUUUUAGGGUUCCUGUUUUUGUUCCAUUUUACUGCGAUGUGAGGGGCUUUCUCAAUCUCACUGCAAUACAAUAACGAACGCUGCCUUCCUUGUUUUACAGAUCAGAAUCCACAUGCUACGUUUUCAGAAGCGCUGAAUGAAUAUGGAUAUUUACACGUAUGUCAGCACAAAGAAUCUCUCUUCUUCAGCCAAUAUGUCCAAUCUGCUUUCAGGCAGAUUUGGGUACCAGCUGAACUUCACCAGCAAUUCUCCUUCUAUGUCAAUAAGUAAGCUUUUCCCAGCCUUGUUACAAUGCUUUGGCAUAAUCCUUUGUGGAUAUAUAGCUGGAAGAGUUAACAUAAUCACAUCAACUCAGGCCAAAGGACUCGGAAACUUUGUCUCCUGUUUUGCACUCCCAGCUUUAUUGUUCAAAAACAUGGUUGUACUGAAUUUUUCCAACGUGAAUUGGUCCUUUUUAUACAGCAUCCUUGUUGCCAAAGCAUCAGUGUUCUUCUUGGUCUGCAUUUUAACACUGUUGAUAGCUACUCCUGAGAGGCGGUUUAGCAGAGCUGGGCUGUUUCCUAUUUUUGCUACUCAGAGCAAUGACUUUGCACUGGGCUAUCCUAUAGGUAAGAAACAAAUUUGCGUAUUUUUUUGUUUGUAAUGAGAUUGUUUCAUAACACUCUGUGCCUUAGGAAUGCAUAGUGACUUGUUUGCAUUGAUGAUGUACACAGUGCAUGCACUGUUGUUACAGCUGCUAAUUUGUGCUUUUGAAUUUGAGAAAGAGCACAUUCUGUUGCACUAUGAGUCGCAUGAAGCAGAACUGAUGAAAUAAUAAUAAUAAUAAUAAUAAUAAUAAUUACUUAUACCCCGCCCAUCUGGCUGAGCUACCCCAGCCACUCUAAUAAGCAAAGCCAUGUACUAUCCAAGUAGUUGUUGUUGUCUGUCAGUUUCACUCAGAAUUGUUCAAUGAGAAGGCAUGUUUUCAAUGCAAGGUAUUCUUGGCAGCACUAGAACUUUUUCAUUUCUUUACCACCAAAAACUGAUCCAGUUGAAUACUUCUUAUUUUUCCAGUUCUUGUGUUGAUUUUCCGGGGUGAAUGGCAAUAAUGUCCACCAGUAGGUUGACAGACUAAACAUUCCCAGUGGGAAUGACUGGGAGAAGCCCCUCCUUUUAUGGAAAGAGUUUGCAUUCUCUGGAAGCUUCAGCUAAUAGAAAGAGAAGUUGUUUUUGGUUAUUCCCCCCCCCCCCCCGCAGCCUCCCACACCAUUCCAGAGGACCCUCAAACUGCCUGGAGCAUGUUUUUAGGUGACAGAGUGGUCUGCAGAAAGAAGGGAAGCUGAAACAGCCAUCUGUUCCAUCCAAGCAGUGUUCCAUCCAAAUCUAUGUUAAUAUGGCUAAAAUGGGAAGAGUUCUUUCUUUUAGAAUCUGUAUCCAAGAUCACCCUUUAGUACCGUAUUUUUCGCCCUAUAGGGCGCACCGGCCCAUAGGGCACACCUAGUUUUUUUGGGGGGGAAAUAAAGGGGGGGGGAUUUUUUUUGCCCCCCAGGUGCGGGGCUGGAACGGGGGAAGCCCGAGCUUCCCCCGACCCCAGCCCCCAGAACAGGCUGCUAUCCGCAAGCCUAGGGAGCCCGGUGGGAACUCCCGCCGGGCUCCCCAGGCUUGCGGAUAUCUGCCCGAAGCCCGGGGCGCGAGAGGGAUCGGUGCGCACCGACCCCUCUCGCUCUCCAGGCUUCAGCGAAAGCCUGCUGUCGCCCCAUAGGAAACACACACAUUUCCCCUUCAUUUUUGGAGGGGAAAAAGUGUGUCCUAUAGGGCAAAAAAUACGGUAAUUUAGUUCAGGCAAUUAUUUUGUAUCCAGCAAUUACUUUAACUAGCUGUGAUACUUGCUUGCUUGCUUGCGUCUAAGGUCUUCACAUACAAAGAUUGAGAAUGUUUGGCUCCCUGUCGCAGAGAAUUGGUUGGAUGCCCCCCAAAAAAGAAAAAGAAAACCACAAGCAAGGGUUGGAAAAGUGGCCAUUGGCACUGUUCUGCAAACAUGUACACAAAGGCUUAUCUGGUGUUAUAAUAGGAAGGUCCUAUAACUGUUCUCAUGCUUUUGGUUGGGCAGGAAGUUGCCCAGCCUGUACAACUUGCUGUACAAGUGGAUUAAUAUAUUGGGAUGUAGUUUCAUUUUUGUUGUGCAAUAUUCUAGAACAAGUAAAGCAAAUAGUUCCAUCAGCAAAAAUUCCUGCGCACCUUUGGAUACAACUCAUGCAUGCACCUAUGGUGCUGUAUACUAUUGGAGAAGUCAUUAUGCCUCACUGAAAACCCUUGUUAGGGGAUAACUCAGGAUUGGACUUUUAGCAUUGUUGGCAAUAUUCAGUUGAUCCAGCAGAAAGAGGCUGCCUUGGGGCCAGUUCAGAUGAUGACUGCUUUUUGUGAAUGGCCUUGACACAGUUAAAUUGAUUGAUCCCUGUUGACUUCGAUGCAAUUUCAGCAGCACGCCUGCGUAUAAAACUGUAGUUUGAGAGGCUUUUGGCUUAGUGAGCAGGUGAAUGUUUCUGCUUAUGUCCAGAUCCUACCAGCUGUGUUCUGCUUUAAGAAAGCAGAACAGAAACAAAGCUUGCAAAGUGUAUUGACCCUGGAUGUGUGGAUCCUUGACUGCUUUGAUCAAAGAAGCUUGAAGUUAAUUCCAAUUCAUUCUUUUGUUUCUGGAUUUUGUUUGUUUGUUUUCCCCUUCGGCUAGUUGGAUUAGUUGCCAUUAGUGCUUAAGUUUAAGUGAAUGUGAUUAAAUCACUUCAGCAGAGUGGUCAUCAAUGAGACAGAAUGAUAGGGAAUUUUAGAAAUCAGUAUGAAGUCAGUAUGCCUAAUUUGUUCCUGCACCUGCUAGUGAUGGGGAGAGAGAGUGGUUUUUUCCAUGGGAUUGAAGCUUUAUACUUAAAAGCUGAGUUCAAUAGAAUUCUGCAUGCAGUGGCGUUUCUGCAUAUGUGCAGAACUGCAGUCUGCAGCCUUGAGUUUAGUUCAAAGUGUGUGUGUGUGUGUGUGUGUGCGCGCUGCAUACACUUCAGAAGAAACUACAGUCAUACAUGUUACUUUUGCUUCAUGUUAAGUUUUUUCAGGUUGCGUCCCGCGGUGACCCAGAAGUACCGGAAAGGGUUACUUCCGGGUUUCGCCGCUUGUGCAUGCGCAGAAGUGCUAAAUCAUGCUUUGCGCAUGUGCAGAAGCGCCAAAUCGUGCCGCGCACCUGUGCAGAAAUGGUGCUUCAGGUUGCGGGCUUUUCAGGUUGCGAAAGGACCUCCGGAACGGAUCCCGUUCGCAACCAGAGGUACCACUGUAGUGAAUUUUCUUCUUAACAUUGACCUGAUUUAGAUGGCUGGUAUUCCGCUGCCUUGUGGAAUAUCUUUGGGACAAGAAAAGACUACGGAGGAAACCCUACACAAAUUCAAAAUGGAGCUCCUAAGGCAGUUGGUUGGCUCCUUCCAGCAACUCCUAAAACCACACUGGUGCCAAACACAUUGCUCUGCUUUCCUUUGGACCACAUUGGCAAGGCCUUGUCAUCUAGCCAGCCCAAGACCGCCUUACUCACUGCCCAGGCUUGCACCCUGGGGAGGUCACUUUGUUGCUGCUGACGCAGCAGUUUGACUUAACUCCUGGAAAUGCAAUCCAUUGUUUCUCGAGAGUGACAAAAGCCAACAGCACAGUUCCUCUGUAUUCUGAGACAGAGACCAUCAAGCAGUGGUCCACAUGCUCCACUCUGCUGAUCUCUGGAGCACUGAUGGAACACUCAAGAAUCUGUGUGGCUCUGUACUUAUUUUCUCUGGCAGCUGAGAACGAGCCCCUCUGUGACUCCCAUAACAUGGUGCUGGUUUUGACAAAGGCAGUGUUGAAGGAGAAAAGCAGCUCAUUCUGUGCUCUGCUAAUACCCCUCUGCAGUUUUCAAGUGGUCCAUGCGGGGGGCGAAAUGUUUUAGGACCGGUUCUCAUGUUCUCUCACUGCCCCACCCUGAUUUAAGAGCAUAUAACAGCUAAUCUGUUUUAAAAGAUCAUGCUUCUCAGCUGGGAGAGGUAAGCUGAGAGUCCUUGAAUGGCGCAAUGCGGCAGAAAACAUUGGCUCUGCAAAUCCCGUGGUUUUUGACUCCCAUCAUUAAAAGGGACUUAACAGGUCAUAGUUAAACAUUAGUUAGGUGUCCUUUAAGCACCACAUACCAUGAGUAAUUCUAAUUACGCUGAGUGGAGAAAUUGUAAACAAAAUGGAACAUGGGACUUUCUGAGGGAGGAAAAUUGAUUUUUGAGUAUUUUAGAAAUCCAAUACAGCUAGGAGUUUUUUCAAGACAGGUGAGGUUUUUUGUUUUUUGCAUAUAGGGCCUGACCUCUUCUCCAAAAAUUCCCAGUGAAGUUGUUUGUGUCAAGUUUGAGAAUAUGCAGACGACUUGUAAGAUAUGAAACCUGUUGCUACAAACAUAAGUGUGGUUUGAAUCCCUGUGGCUUCCUUUUCUGGAUUUCUUCUAUCAAAUAGGGGAGCACUUGGGAUUUUCUCCCUGUGUUUGCAAAGAGGGAUAAGAGUUUGGGUUUGGAUUUGAUAUCCUGCUUUAGCACUACCCUAAGGAGUCUCAAAGCGGCUAACAAUCUCCUUUUCCCUUCCUCCCCCACAACAAACACUCUGUGAGGUGAGUGGGGCUGAGAGACUUCAGAGAAGUGUGACUAGCCCAAGGUCACCCAGUAGCUGCAUGUGGAGGAGCGGGGAAGCGAACCCAGUUCACCAGAUUAUGAGUCCACCGCUUUUAACCACUACACCACACUGGCUCUCGCAAAGACACCAAAUCUCAGCUUUAGCAUUGCUGCUUCUCCUUCCUUCCUCUUUGCAUUUGACUGUAUCAGGGCAUUCACCCCAAAUCUAAAUUAGGUGGCAACUUGACUUUUGCACUCAAAAUACCACCUUGCAACUAAUUAAGCGCAUGCAUGCAAAUUAUUUUAAGUUGCAUACGCCUUCUUUUCUCUAUACAGGAGUGCAAAAUGUAGAUGGCAAGCUGUUGUGAUAGCUAGAAAAGCUUCAUGGACUGCUGGGUAGUUUUCAGGCACAAUCUUUAUGUCUCUAUAGAACUCUCCUAUAGAAAUGCCCUCUCUCAUAUAAAACAGUGGCAGCUUGAGGGAGUGACCUUGGCGUUUAUGUUACAGCCUUCUCUGUGGUAGUGUCACAUUUUACUUCCUGCUUGGGGAGGCAUGCUGUUGUUGCUUUCAGGAAUUUUUGACACCCCCCCCCCCAGUACAGUUUUAAUAUGUUUGCAUUGUUUCCUUUAAAUAUUUUGUGAGCUACAUUGAGCGUUCGGUUGCAGUUCAGUGACACCGUAAAAAAUGUUAUUUAGGUUUUGGCUAGAGGGGGGUGCCUUUUGCUUUCUGUCAAUGCUUUCAGCCUCAUGUAUUCCUGAAGGACCUUUGUGCGAAAGCAGCGAGGGUUUCUGGGCCGACGCUUGUCAUCUUCAUGCCAUAAUGUGGCUUGCUAGCAUGUUCUGUUACCACAGAUGCCCUUUGCUCAUCUCCUAUGCUUCUAAGGUGGCACCUUAAAAGGGCCAGGCUAUAUUUAUUUAGCCCAAGGCUUCCCUUACUCUCAACUAGUUCAAGGUGAAGCUUUACCACUUCUCUUUGUGUGUUUGAAUAGCAGCUGAUACCACAGUCUAUCACAAAUCUCUGUGCUGUGUAACUGGGCUCCCUAGUUCACAUUUCAUCUCAGACUCGGUGUGUGCUUCAUACUGUCUUUUAUAUUAUUAUUAUUAUUACUUCUUCUGCUGUUGUUUUGCAGUUAACCUUGCACCAGCUUUGGAAUAGCACCUGUAGCGUUUUAACAGGCGUUCUGCAAAGCUCUUUCCUGCAAGCGCUUAAUGUCACCAGAAUAACUGCCUGGGAUCUUUUAUUGUCGCCACAUAAUCCCUGCAGAUAAGGACCCACAACAGAGUCACAGGUUAAUAUGCUAGCAGCAAACGCUUGAACUCUGCCCGUAGAUUAAACAGGGUUGUGAAUAGUUAGCUAAGGCAGCAAAAUUUCUAGGACUUUUCAGUUGCCAAUCUCUUUACAGUCCGGUAACACUCUUGAAGGUACAGAUGGGUGCAUAAAGAAGAUGUGGUUGACAGAAGCCAAGUGGCCCUUUCCUUAAAGCUUAGUAGUAGCUUCAGGCGUCUGGUUUAAAUAUCAGGGCCCUAUUGAUGUGUCCCAGAUUUGGAUGGACCUAAGUCUGAAAGAUGGCACUCACACAUGCAGGAGGCAGGAGUCUCUGCAGGUAUUUUGUACCGGGCAUUUUGUACCGGAAAGCAUUCUAUUAGAUUGUGACUGUUUGUUCAUGGCGAUGGGAGGGAUGCAGUCCAACGCUUGGUAUUUUAUUCCUGCUUGGACUACUGGACUACUUGCAGCUAUACUGGUGACUGGUAGUGGCCACUGAGACCAUAUAACACAGGUCCUGAAAGACCUACAUUGGCUCCCAGUACUUUUCUGAGCACAAUUCAAAGUGUUGGUGCUGACCUGUAAAGCCCUAAACGGCCUUGGCCCAGUGCACCUCCAUGCCCAUUGCUCAGCCCAGACACUGAGGGCCAGCUCCAAGACCCUUCUGGCGGUUCCCUCACUACGAGAAGUGAGGUGGCAGGGAACCAGGCAGAGGGCCUUCUCGGUAGUGACGCCCACCCUGUGGAAUGCCCUCCCAUCAGAUGUCAAGGAAAUAAACAACUAUUUGACUUUUAGAAGACAUCUGAAGGCAGCCCUGUUUAGGGAAGCUUUUAAUGUUUGAUGUUUUAUCAUGUUUUUAAUAUUCUGUUGGGAGCCGCCCAGAGUGGCUGGGGAAACCCAGCCAAAUGGGCUGGGUAAUAAAUUAUUGUUGUUGUUGUUGCUGUUGUUGUUACUAUCCUGAGUGUAGCUCAAUGUUAAUGCGGUUUCAACAAUGGAAUGAGGGCAGACCUAAUGGGAGCACAUUAAUGGGAGUGCUGGGUUGUUUUUCAAAGUUCAGGGGGCAGUACCCAAAUCUAUUAGACUCUCUAAACUUAGGGUCAUGUUUUCAAGCCCCACAUUGGGCAAAAUAUUCCUGCAUUGCAGGAGGUUAGACUGGAUGACCCUCGUGGUCCCUUCCAACUCUUUGAUUCUUGUCCUAGUCAGAAUAGACUCGUUGAAGUUCAUUGUGCACCCUAGCUUCAUUAAUUUCGGUUGCUCCGCUCUGAGUAGGACUUAGUCAGUGUUAGAAACUCAGAUAUAUAAGCUAAUUGCCAAAUGGCCCCCUUAAACCAGGGUUAUGUUCGCCAUAAAGGAAAGUCUAGGCGCCAUCCCCACCGCCCAGUGAAAGUGGUUGUUAUUAUUAUAAAGGGGGGGAAAUCUCAAAGUGGUUUACAACACCUUGAAACAAUCUAGAAUAAAACAAAUCCAUGCUUCAAGGCAAAUAUUUCAGAUCCUUCUCUUAAGUGACAUUUUGCUUUCCCCAUAUUUAUUCACCUAAAUUCGUAUAGCUGCCCCAUAAGCAGAAGUACUCUAGGAAGCCAGGGUAGUGUAGACUGCUGGACUCGGACCUGAGUUCAAAUCCUCUCUAAACCAUGAAGCUCACUGGGUGACCUUGGGCCAGGCACAGCCUCUUAACCUACCUCACAGGGUCGUUGUAGGGAUUAACCAAGCCGGGGUGUGUGUGUGUGUGUGAGAGAGAGAGAGAACCAUGUAUUUCUUGGAGAAAAGGAAGGGAUAGAAAUGCAAUCAAUAAUCUCUUCUGCUUGCCUGCUUCAGAAAGCUGGAGGGGCCAGCCAGAUAGAUAUGGCAGUUGCCAGCCUGGCAUCUGCAUCUAGAGAGCAACAUGUGGUCACAAUUAGACCCACGCCAGUCGCAAAACUCGCCUGGUGCCUGGGGGAUUUCUAACACUAGACUUAGCUGCAUACAAUCUUCAGGAUCUGAGCAAAGUUUACCAGAAGAGCAAUCCAGUAUGGAAAGAUAUUAAGCCAUUCAGUGUUGUCAACACUUUUUUUCCCUUCACCUAAAAAUAAACUCUGUGUUGUUGUUUUUGUUUCAGAACUAUCUUUACUAAUGCACAUUUGAAUCAGUUGGUUAAUUGUGUCAAUUUUAGUCAAGCAGUUAAAUCAACUGAUUUCUUUAAUCGCGCAGUCGAAAUAACUUUUUGAAGUUGCUGUGCAAGAUAAAACCACCAACUUCAUAUUGUCUCUCUCCCUCCCUCCCUCUCUCUCUCUCUCUCUCUCUCUCUCACACACACACACACACACACACACAUAUAUAUGCAUAUAACACACAUAUAAUGAUUGCUUGCUUGCCUAAGAGAGCUCUCCUGCAUGAACAGUAGAUUGUGGAUUAAAAUCUUUGGAUCUGGGCCCAUGUGACUUUCAAAAACUGCAUAUAUUUAAGAAUAGAGUGAUGUGUGUGGGUGUAAACAUUUCCAUUAAAAUCCUUGUCACUAAUUCUUUUUCCAUCUCUCUCUCUCUUGUAGUUGAAGCUUUAUAUCAAACAACAUAUCCAGAAUAUCUCCAGUACAUUUACCUGGUUGCACCAAUAUCUCUUAUGAUGCUAAAUCCCUUAGGAUUUAUCUUCUGUGAAAUCCAGAAAUCGCGAGACAAUCAAAAUCUCUCUCACAGCAAAAUCAAGAUUGUGGGACUUGGGCUUCUUCGAGUGCUGCAGAACCCAAUUGUGUUCAUGGUCUUCAUAGGAAUUGGCUCAAACUUCAUUCUAAAGCAAAAAAUUCCUGAAUAUUUGGAAAACUUCUUUGAUGGACUUGGCAGCUCGUUUUCUGGCUCGGCACUCUUUUAUCUGGGCCUCACAAUGGUGGGCCAAAUAAAGAAGCUGACAAAGGGUACAUUUGUUGCACUGAUUCUUCUCAUCACAGCUAAACUGUAAGUCUGAUUCCCUCUCAAUCAUUUGUGUUUCUAUUACUUUCAGUAUUGUGUUCAUAGCUACUCUCAUAGGAUAGAAGCGGUAUGAAAUUGGUGCAGGAAUGGUCUCCAACAUUUAUUUUUCCUGUUAACUGUUAGUAUUUUGGGACUACAUAUUAGGCUGUUUGGGGGAACAAUUCUUAUACCCAUUGGGUUGUAUCUAUACUUUGCCUUCUGCUAAUGAAAAGAUUCCUUCAAUCUACAGAGAGCUUUUGAUCCAGUAGAGAGGGAUCCUGUGGACGGAAGGGUGGGGAGAGUGACUUCUUGGCCAACCUUCUUCCAGCACUUCCUCCAACAUGGUUGUGUAAGGUCCCCCAACCUUCUGGAGCAGUGGAGGUGCUAAAGGAGGAAGUGGCAAAAUGACUGAAUUCAUCAAGCAUCCGUAAACUGUAAUUAAGGAGAUCACUCUGUAGGUGACUCAACAUCUACAUCUUAAGCUGCAGCUGAUGAAUCGUCUGAUUAAUAUUUUCACAAGCAUGACUACUUAAAACACACAGGCAAAAUUUAAAGCAGAAUUCCUAUAUGUCCUUCCAGCAUGACACUUAAGUCUCAGUGGGUUUAGAAACUUUGCAUUGAAUUGUGGCGAGUAAUGUGUUCAAAAGAUUGUCUUUGUCUUUUCCUGCUGUUUCAUUCCAGUAUUCCUUACGGCUGCAUUUUGAGGCUAGAAAAUAUUAAGAUUGGCGCUGGGUAAUUUGUGUUUCCUUUUCCCCUUCUUUUUUGUAGGCUGUUGAUGCCGCUUCUAUGCAGGGAAAUGGUGGAACUGUUCGACAAGAGCGACAGCGUGGUCAACCACACCAGUUUAUCAAACUACGCAUUUCUGUAUGGUGUCUUUCCAUCAGCUCCUGGUGUAGCUAUAUUUGCAACUCAGUUCAACAUGGAGGUUGAAAUUGUAUGUCUCCUGAACAUUUAGUGAACAAAUGUAAACUUAGGGCAGACCUAAAAAUUGAUUUUGUUGGGAAUCUCAGGUGAGAUAUCCACACAGUAGUGGUUGCUCCCAGUACCAGUCAUCACACAGAAGCUGAGAAAGGUUUAGAUAGGUUACUGUUGCAGAAGAUAAGGCUCAGUAAAACAGUUCUGGAUGUAGGUGUAGAUAUAGAUAUAGAUAUAGAUAUAGAUAUAGAUAUAGAUAUAGAUACAGACUCUAGGCUUUUGCAGAUACAGAUAUUUACAGAUACACGCAAGUACAAAGUAUAUCAGUUGCUCUAUGUAAGUUCAGAAAUUCAAGACGUAACAUUGGACAAGUGACAACCAGCUAACUGACUUACAGAGACACAGUGCUGAGCAGACAUGCAUUAAUCACAGAUAGAGUCAGGGCACUGGGCUGUUACCAUGGCAACUGGGUUGGCUAUCACCGCACCCGCAAUUAGCUCAUUCAUGGGGUGGUUUAUGCUCACAAAGAAAAUUAACACCUCGUGUCCAGUUACUCCCAACAGUUUUUUCUUAUGCAAGCAUUCCUGGCUUCUUAACCCUGCUCAGAGAUUAAGGGUCACAAUUAAUAAUAAUGCAAUAUACACUUGUGCCUAUUGAUUUCAGUGUGCCUAAGAACAUUUAGUUAUGUGUCAGAUUUUGGCUCACAUACACAGUAAUCUGUUUUGUUUAUAGUAAUGAAACAUUACUGGUUAUUUCUACUUCUUCUGGCUUUUUGCAGACAUUCAAGGGUCACUUAACUGGUUAAGUUUUAUUAUUAUUUAUUUAACAAACUUUAAAUACCACUUGAUUGUAGUAAAACGUCUACAUGAAAUAUUGAAAUUAUCAAUAUAAACAGCCUGAAACACCUUAAAAAUAAGUUCAAGGUAUUACUAUUGGCAUAUAAAGCCCUUAGCAACUUUGGACCAGUUUAUCUGUGAGAUUUCCUUUCCCCACAUGUGCCUACUCGACCGCUUCGAUCAGUGGAAUUUGCACUAAUACAGGGGCCUCGUAAUACCCAUUCCACAUUUGUAAGAACUCCACCUUUCAUUGUGGCAGCACCUGCCCUUUGGAACUCACUCCCCAUUGAUAUCAAACCAGGCGCCUUCAUUGGACUAUUUUCGGCACCUGCUAAAAACAUCCUUGUUUAGAAAAUCUUGCACAGAUGCUUAACAAGUUGAGAUAAUUUUAAUCUGUUUUAGUAUUUUAACUUUUGUACGUUUUAAAGCAUGGUUGUGAAUUUUUCUCGAUUUUACUGUUUUACCUUUUUGCAAAGGUAAAGGUGUUAGGUUUUUUUUAUAAUAAGGGGUAUUGGUGGUUGUUUUUAGAAUCAAGAGUAAUCAGUAUAUAAAUUUUAUGAAACAAAUAAUAAAAUAUUACUCCAUUGGUCUUCAACCUUUUCAUACAUGCAUCUUUAACCCAUUGGUGGAUUAUGCAUUACGGAUUGCAUUGGAUUUGGUUGAAGCAAGAGGGUUAUGCUAUAGAUUGUCUAAAUUUCUCCAUUCUUGAUGUUUUGUACAGUGGAACCUCUGUUUUUGAACGUGAUCUGUUCUGGAAGACUGUUCAACUUCCGAAACAUUUGAAAACCGAGGAUCAGUGGGCUGGCUGCAAAGUCAAUGGGGGGAAAAAUGAAAAACGCGCCUCAGAAGCCAUUUGACUUCUGAGGCACGUUCAAAAAUGAAAGCAAUUACUUCUGGGUGUUCAGCUUCUGAGACGCUGGAAAACCGAGGUUCCACUGUCUAUUGUUUGUUUUAUGGUUCUUGUACUAAGCUGUGUAUUUUAAUAUUGCAUAUUUCCCUUGGAAACCUUUAGAUUGAAGGGUGGAAUAUAAAUUUGAUAUUAAGAUUUUGAUUAUUAAUUAUUAAAAUGGUGCUGCGGGCUUUUACUUGCUGAAUACUUUCCAUUUAUAAAUCGCAUCAGAUGAUGUUGAUCCACAAAGCUCACACAUCAUUAAAGUUGUGUUUUCACCCAUUUAUAUUCCUCUCCUGAUCUGCAGUUGAAGUCAUAUGUUCUUGUUGUCACCUUAAUUUCUGAUUGCAGAUAACGUCUGGUAUGGUGAUCAGCACUUUUGUCUCUGCCCCCAUCAUGUAUGUUUCUGCCUGGCUGUUGACUAUUCCAUCUAUGGAUCCCACUAGACUGGCAUCUGCGAUCCAAAACGUUAGCUUUGAUAUUAGUAUUGUCAGUCUUGUCUCUUUGGUGAGUUUUAAAUUUUCGAAACUGCAUUGGGGGGGGUGAGGAAUGAAGCAUGUAAACAUGCAUGUUCAAACAUGUAAGCCUGACAGUGUAAACCUGAGCAUGCUUACUUGGAAGUAAUUGCCAUUGAACACAGCGUGUUUAAUUCCAAGUAAACAUGCACAGUGUUGGGUUUUCAGUUUCUACCAUAGCCAGUUGCUGGAAGACUUGCAGGUUAAUAGAAGCUGACAAUCUGGGCUAUGUGAAAUUCUAACCCUUCUUGUUAAAAGGUUACCUGUAACGUUAACAAGCUUUUGAUAAUGGCAAACAGUCUUGGAAUUGUAUAAGACCGUACAGGGCAAAAGCGGUUGUCCUGAAAGCUUCAGAAUACAGUGGUACCUCGGGUUACAUAGGCUUCAGGUUACAGACGCUUCAGGUUACAGACUCCGCUAACCCAGAAAUAGUACCUCAGAUUAAGAACUUUGCUUCAGGAUGAGAACAGAAAUCGCGCGGCGGCAGCAAGAGGCCCCAUUAGCUAAAGUGGUGCUUCAGGUUAAGAACAGUUUCAGGUUAAGAACAGACCUCCAGAACGAAUUAAGUUCUUAACCCGAGGUACCACUGUACCAGACAUAUUAAUAGAUUUCCCUCCCCCCCCCCCACGCUGUCAGAUGGUGUUUUUUUUACAGGUAGCCCUAUUUACACGUAUAUCUAUGGAUGUUCCUGUUUUAUGAAUAAGACACCAAGCACUUCUUGUGCUCUGCUGUUCCAGACUGAGGACUGUUUGACAAAUUACAUUUUCAUAUAUAUGUCUGUAUUUGGGGGCUGGGGUGGGGAAUGGCCUCUGUCCAACUAACUUGUGCCAGCAGAAGCCAGUGCCAAGGAUUCCUGCUAGACUUCCUUCUGUGCCCUCCCCAAGUCUUGCUCAGAAGGGUCAGGAGAACUCUACAGAACAUCCUACAGUGGGGGGAGAGAGAGUUGCCAGUGCAAGAAUUUCUCCUUGCUCAGGAGAGGAAUCUCCUUGGUGCUAUGUUGAAUGCAGCCCAUGUGUUUAUACCCUGUGGGUGAAAACUGUACAUGCAUAUUUUCAUGUGGGGGAAGUAGGUCUUCUUCUUUGGCGAUCACUCGUAGCCGAGUAAGAUUGUCUUCCAUGAACGCGGUUUCAGCAAUGAGUCCGUAAGUGACUGUGGAGGCCAAUCCCAGAUCCACACGUCCUUCCACAGUGGGGACAUUGGUUUCGGUGCAGUGUGGAUUUGCCAAGUGUGCCUUCCUCUUAGCGCAUUUCUCCCUUUUGUCCUGAGUUCGAGUGUCUUCAAAGCCCAUGACACCUUUGGUAAAGGCUGCAAAAUAGAGGGAGCUGCAUUGAAACUGCAUAGCACCUAGCGCUAUCUACAGAGUCCUUGUUUUCAGGGUAUUUGAUGUUUCAGACUGAAGUCUUCUGUGCUUGAAACCAAAAUGAAAAACUUGGAUCUCUUGAUCGGGCUAGCUGUAGCUGCAUUCAAAGUUUUUUGUGCAGUGGACAAGACAGGGUUGCUAAGCAUGUUGGAGUCGGUGGUGGUUUCUGCCUGUUAAGCAAACGGAGCAUUUUUAAGGGGCUUGAUAAUUAACUCGCUUGUAAAAAUCGGAAUGCUGACUCUCACAAGAGACAGGUUUUGACCAAACACAUGCAUGCAUUUGAUGUGCUCCCUUCUUUGUAAAGAAACUAGAAUUUGACUCUCUUACCUGUAUUUCAGAUCUGGUCCCUUGGUGUUAUUCUUCUAAGUAAAAAAUACAAGCAGCUUCCUCACAUGCUUACAACUAACUUACUCAUUGCUCAGGUCAGUAUAACGUAGACUAUAAACAUAUGGAACAUUUCUUGUAAAAGGGAUGGUUUUGAAAGUAAUAAUAAGCAGGAACUGUUUUGUUUUCUGCUGAAGCUCUGAAGGCGUGUGCCACAGACAGCAAUCUUAGUGAAACCAAGUAGGCCUGGCUAAUGUAUUCAUAGGAGAUAACCUGGAAAUCCCAUGCAUGUUGCUUUGUGUUCAUGAUGGAAGAGUAUAAACAAUGAUAGAUAAAUCAAUACAUUCAGUUGCUUCUGCAAAGGGAAUUCUCCACUGCAGCUUUCUGCGUACCCCAACAAAAGUUUUCCCUGGGAGUUGGGUAGAAUAUGAGACUCUGGGGAAAGAAACUUGGGGAAAUCUUUCAGAGGCACCUGCAAUGAAAAGGAGGGGUUGGGAAAUUCCCCUUGCCCCAAGCAUUGCAUUACCUUGGUUUAAUAACAGCUUAGUUUAUGAACAACUUGGGAUUAAGAACGCUGUAAACCCGGAAGUAGGUGUUCUAGUUUGUGAACUUUGCUUUGGAAGCAGAACAUGUUUCACUUCCUGUUGAGUGUGUUCCAUUUGUAAAUUGAGUCCCCUGCAGCUAUGGGAAAGCACACCUUGGUUGAAGAACGCUUUGGUUUAAGAACGGACUUCCGGAACGGAUUAAUUUCAUAAACCAAGGUGCCACUGUAUAUGCAAACUUGGUUCUUUCAUAAUAUUGCAAGCUGAAUGUGCAGAUUUCUGUGCUCGUCUGCUAGAAACAGUGCAUGUAGCCAACCCUGUCCUGCCAUCCAUUGCAAGUAGUGUCAGCUGAUGGGCAGAUGAAUGUCAUUUGGGGGAAAUGGCCCUGCAGGGCAAGAUUGGCCCGCUGGGAUACUCAACAGUGGGAUACCCCACCCUGUCUUAGAGGCAUUACCCCUUCUGACAACAGGGGGCAAGCAUGCCUCUUCCAAGAUUAUGUCUUCUCUGGCACAAGCAUUGUAUAAUCUAAAAUAAAAUAAAGCUCUUUUCUGAUACUACCUCUAUUCUAGUCCAUGGAAGGGAAACAGAAACUGCUCCACCUCUUCCCCUUCCCACCCCAAAGUAACAGGGCAAAGGGAAAGCUACAAUUAACCUGUUAAUCAGUCAGUUCAUUAAUUACGUGAAUUUUAAUUUCUGAGAUGUCUUCCAUUGCAUGGCAAACCCAUAAAGUGAAUUAAAAAUAAACCUGAUUUUUACCUUUCAGUUUGUAGCCUGUGUUGGAAUGGUAAUGUGGAAUUUCACUAUUAAAGAGAGGAGCAUCACUCUGCAAAUCCUUGUGUUCAUCUUCCUGUACAGUGCGCUUUACAGUGCUUUUUUGUGGACAGGUAAGCUAAAAAGCAGUUAUACGGGGUAUCCAUAACACAACUCCACGUGCAUUACGGUGAUCUUGCAAGUUACCGUAUUUUUUGCGCUAUAGGACGCACCAGACCAUAAGACGCACCUAGUUUUUGGGAGGAGGAAAACAAGAAAAAAAAUAUUCUGAAUCUCAGAAGCCAGAACAGCAAGAGGGAUCGCUGCGCAGCGAAAGCAGCGAUCCCUCUUGCUGUUCUGGCUUCUGGGAUAGCUGCGCAGCCAGCAUUCGCUCCAUAAGACGCACACACAUUUCCCCUUACUUUUUAGGAGGGAAAAAGUGAGUCUUAUAGAGCAAAAAUUACGGUAUUUCCCCUCUUAAUUAAUAGCGCCUUUGUGAUAGAGGUCUGUACGUUUUCUUCCUUCCAAGCCGAGUCAGUCUUUUUUUCCUGGUGUGUCCAGCCUCACCCCUGUCACCGGGGUGCCCAGAAUGCUUUCCAUUCAUAUAGCUCUUUCAGUGUGCAAAUUACAUCACGCACAUUAGAAUCAUCAUAAUAUUCGCAACAUCCCUGUAAGGAUGGGCCAGUAUUAACUUUUAUGUUGCAGAUUGGACGUUGAGUAGGAAAGUGGCUUGCCUCAAACCACCUAGUUGAGUCCGUGGCUGAGCUGGGAAUUGAUCUGGAUUGCAUCUCGUUUCUGUUAGUCGCUAUGCUAACAACAGCUUCCUUCCUAGUUUGGAUUAUCUGCAUAUGCCAGCCAGCUGGAUUGUUGCAUAUUUUAGAAGCCUGUGCUAGAUCAGUAAAAGAGCUUUGCAUCCUGGGACUUAGUCCCCUGCAUCUCUAGAUAGGAGAAGACUCCUGUCUGAAGAGAGUUGCUGCUAGUUUGGCCUGCCUUUCAUCGAACCUUAGAAUUGUAGAGUUGGAAGGGACCGCGAGGGUCAUCUAGUCCAACCCCCUGCAAUGCGGGAUUUUUUUGCCCAUUGUGGGGCUCGAACCCCUGGCCCUGAGGUUAAGAGUCUCAUGCUCUACCAACAGAGCUGUCAAGGUGGUCUACUUUGUGUUCGGCAUCUUCCUUUGUUCCUGUUUCCUACAGUGUAUCCUUAUUUCUUAAUACCUUUUGUGGUUAUAAGGGGAUGAGGCAUUCCACUUUCCUGGGGGGCGGGGGGGAACGCUGCUUCCUUAAAAAGAAAUAAACCAAGUUUCAAACUUUGUCGUUAUCAGGUUUCUUAUCUUUCUCUCUGCUGCUUUUGAAAAGAAGAGAAGCCAUAAAGAUCCCUGUCGGAUUUAUCAUUAUAGCUGGCUGGGGGUAUGUUGGCAGAGGCUCUUUACUGAGAAAAUAUGUAGGAAGCCAGAAGCUAAUGACCUGUGUGGUUCAUCUUGGGUUUUUUUGUUUAUUGCAGCAUCCCAGCUGUUCUUGUGGGAAUCCUGUUAAUCGCUGGUGAACGCUCGGAUAACAUCAUUGAUUCUGCAUUCUUUUAUGGAAAAGAUCAGGUAUAAAGGUUCUUCCGCUCCUGUCUUUUAAUAGUUGACCUUCCAUAGUCAGUGUUCGUGAAUUUUGCCUUCCAGGGGAGGGAUGUCCUUUCAGCCCAAGCGCCUUACAGCCCAACCUUACAGAGGGCCAUAAGGCAAAAGUUGGUGUCGUAACUGAUGUAGUUCUUAUCUUUGUGUACAGUAAGCUAUGUUCCAGCCAGAUGGCACACCCCUCUACCCAGGCAAACAAAUAGCGUUUCAAGCAGUAUUGAAAUGAGGGCAGUGAUGUAUGGCCUGAGGAGAAUCACAGUGACUGCUUGGAAGACCUGGAUUAGGCUUCCUCAACCUCAGCCCUCCAGAGGUUUUUGGCCUACAACUCCCAUGAUCCCUAGCUAGCAGGACCAGUGGUCAGGGUUGAUGGGAACUGUAGUCUCAAAACAUCUGGAGGGCCGAGGCUGAGGAAGCCUGACCUGGGGGGCCUUGUUCAGCUCCUCAUCCUUAGGCUUUCCCACCCCUACUAUGCACUUUCCGUCUUUAUACAGUGGUACCUCGGGUUACAGAUGCUUCAGGUUACAUACGCUUCAGGUUACAGACUCCGCUAACCCAGAAAUAUUACCUCGGGUUAAGAACUGUGCUUCAGGAUGAGAACAGAAAUCGUGCAGCGGUGGCGCAGCGGCAGCAGGAGGCCCCAUUAGCUAAAGUGGUGCUUCAGGUUAAGAACAGUUUCAGGUUAAGAAUGGCCCUCCAGAAUGAAUUAAGUUCUUAACCUGAGGUACCACUGUAAUGAAACACAACUUCCAAGAAACAAGGUGUAGAAUUGGCUGCAUCCCUUAAAAGCAAUACUUGAGAAGUGCAUUAGCAGCCGAGAUUUCUAUAUGCUUGACAGAAUUAUAUGCAUGGUGCUGGGUAGAGAAAGGGGAUGUUGACAAAGUACUGAGGAUUAGAUUAUUUUGCUUGAGAAGUUGCGAAGCUGACAUUAAACUUGACAUCUGGUGUACAGUAUGAACCAGAGGAGGCACAGGUUUCAGCAGGAAGUUCUAAAUAAAGCUGAGGUAGGUGUGUGGCAAAUGGAACGUUACUAUUGUAUUUUUGGUUCCUUUCUCCCCCUCAAAAAGCGACUUGUACUGUAAUACAAACAUCUGUUCCCAGCCUUUUGACUUUAAAAACCUCAAAUAAGCAAAUAGUAUUUGUUUUAUUCAGUAUUCUAGAGACACAGUGAUGCUGAAUUUCUGAUUCUUUUCAGCAUGGUCACAUAGGUUCUUUCAAAUGACAAGGAACCUACUGAACUCCUGCCUCUCUCCCUCCCCCAUUUUUGCAGAUGAUUAUCACAGCAGUAAUCGUAUCCAUCAGCAUAUUGAUAUCGGGUGUAUCACUCAUGUGUAUGAACAGAUCUGGAAUGGAAGCCAGCUAUGAGGUGUUGACCCAAGAUUCCCAACACAGUCAAACAGAGGAAACAGAAAGGGAAUUUAACGAGCGCAGUAGAUCUCCAGACAGUUCUUCUCGUUCGUUGGUGGACCCUUCAAUGGAAAGAGGUAUGAGAAAUCCUUAAUAGAAGAAGCCUGGUUACUUUUGACGGCAAUAGGGCAUACUAAGGCCUCUGUCAGGAGAUUGUUUUCCAUUUUGUUUUGACCCAGGCAUGCAUGUUCCACACCUAAACUUGUAGACAUUGCCACUUGCGAUCCCCCGCUCACCUUGGCAGUGAUAUCUGAAUGCCCGCCUCAAAUAAUGUACUGCAUUCGAAUUGCAAACCCAUUGCAGGCCCAUUUAAAAGAGCAUAAUCUUGUCUUGCUGUCACAAUACCCUCUAGAAAAAUAGACACCUUUCUAAUCUGCCAUUUUUCCUCUAGGGUGCUGUGAGUGCCAAAAGCCGAAUAGAAGGUUAUGCUGUUCUGAAGGAGAGCCAGGAUCCAGUCUUAGCAGCGACCGCGAUAACUGCAUGACAUCAAUUGAGACAGGUGAAGCACAACUGUAGUAUCCUGUGUCUUUCAAGCCCGUUUACAAAUUUUAAAACGGAAGCAUGUGAAAUUGCACAUGUGUUCAUUAAGAGGCCUGCAUGUGCACGGCCGAGAGUACACCACCCACAUUUCAAGUUACGAACCUUUUCACAUAUAAGCCCUGUGAAGGGGGUCUGUACGCAGGAAGGGCAGAGAGGGUCAGUGGCUGUUGCCCUUUUCUAUGUGUGGACUUCCAGCUGCACAGUUAAUACAUAAAGGGAGCUCUUAUGGUUGAGUUUGGUCGGUGUGUGUUUUUUUCCUUCAGAGCAUCAUGUGUGUACUUCGUAUUCAUGUACUGCCACACGGGUCUCGGAAAAUUAUUUGAUGGUGACUCUGGCCAAACUGAUAACAAGCUUAAUUUCCAGUGAGUGAAAAAAUGAAUAAGGCCAAAAGUAACUUUUGACAGUAGGGGUGUAGGAAGUCAUUCACUGCCUCCUGUUAUAAUUUGGGUGAGGGUUAGAAUGGGGGGGACGGGACCGUAGCUUGCUUUUGAGACAGCUGGAAAAGCAAGGCAUUAUCCCGCUAGCCCCUUUGCACUUUCUGCAUGUAGGGACACAGGUGGCGCUGUGGUCUAAACCACUGAGCCUAGGGCUUGCCGAUCAGAAGGUCGGCGGUUCGAAUCCCCGUGACAGGGUGAGCUCCCAUUGCUUUGUCCCAGCUCCUGCCAACCUAGCAGUUUGAAAGCAUGCCAGUUCAAGUAGAUAAAUAGGUACUGCUGUGGCAGGAAGGUAAACGGCAUUUCUGUUUCCAUCACGGUGUCCCGUUGCACCAGAAGCAGUUUAGUCAUGCUGGCCACAUGACCCGGAAAGCUGUCUGUGGACAAAUACCAGCUUCCUUGGCCUGAAAGCGUGAUCAGCACUGCAAACCCAUAGUUGCCUUUGACUGGAUUUAACCGUCCAGGGGUCCUUUCCCUUUUUACCUUUUUUUUUUACCGCUGCACCAUCUCCCGCAAUCUUCAGAGAAUAUUCUAAGAGGCUUUAUAUGGGAUGGAUAGAAAACCAUAAUGUUUGGGGACAACAACUCCCUACGUUCUUUGUGGGUCUAUAGAGGAUCACACAACGAUGGAAGCAGUAGCAGGAAGAAAAUAAUUUCACCUGUUCGUCAAGAAGGGCAGCAUAUUCUUUGGCACAGCGAACGACUUGACUAGAGAGACUAGAGUGUGUGUCACUGGUUAACAAGGAAGAGGAAAGGAGCCUAGGCCUCUUGAACUAAUCUAAGUUAGCAGGAACUAUCACUGCUAAAAUUGGCAGCAGAAAGGGAUCCAGUGUUCAGCUGCAGCAAGCUCCCUGUAUGGGAAUUUGUUGACCUCUUACUGCCAUCUGGUGGCAGGAACGAUUUUUGCGGUCAAUAACUUUUGAUACUUUCUAUAAAUACGCCAAAUUCAACUUUAGAAGUGGAAUUCAUUGUAGUGCUUAGCUGUUGAUGUAUAUGAGAAACGAGGUCCACUCGCCAGUGCCAGUGCUAUUUUUCUAAAAAAAAGAGGUGUUGGAACUCGCCAGAAACGCCUUCCUUGUUCUCUUAUAAUAGCAGUGGUGCUGGAACCAAGUUCCUGCUGAAAAAAAGCCUUGUCGCUUGUGCAGUGAAACCUUCCCGCUUCCUAUCCCCGCGUGCCCCGUAAAUCUUUUCUGGGGCAUCACCCAACCCUCCAGAGCAGAUUGUGGGGUAGCCCUACUGCACACAACUUCAUUGAAUCCCGCCCUAAAUUCUGUUACGUUAUGUUUUACCUAUGGAAUUUGACGUGGGGCUGAAGAAAUAAAAUGCCAGCAUGCUGAUAUUCAACUUAGUAAGGCUACACCAUGUAGAAAGCAUUGUGGGUCGGUAUUUUAGUGCCAGUAUUUCCUUUCUCGUUUCUCUCCUCCCCACACCUGGCCAGGAAAUUUAAUGUUGGAUUAAAAGCCUGUUCCGGAGAAUCGCUUUAGUGCUGUGCUGUUUUAAGCUAUUCAAGUGGUAACUGCCCCUGUUGCUUUGUAAGGUCACAGAAAUAGGGUAGCUGUUGGCCUGGGUCAAAACUCAAGUCUUUCACUCCUUGAAGCAAGCAGCCAAUAUAGUCUUUCACAAGCAAAGGGUGUGUGUGUGUGUGUGUGUGUGUGUGUGUGUGUGUGUGUGUGGAAUGCAAUGGAAAAGAAAGGACAUACAGUUUAUUUUUCUGAUUACUAUUCUCUAGUGGGGGGGGGAAUGCUUUUGCUUUAACAAUAUGAUAGGAAUCAAUACAGUAUUUACAUAUCAAUUGGGCAAAACAGUUCAUUGAAAAACUUAACAUAUGUCGCACUUUAAUGUUUUUCAGCGAAUCGGUGCUUAAGUCCAUGCAGUUCUCAGAGCUGUGCCUUGGUCCAGGAAGAGCAGCUUCUGCAAACUGGAGACAAGCAGCUGGCUAGACAUGUGCUGCUGUGCUUGCUUCUCAUUGUGGGCCUCUUUGCUGUAAAUUGCAUUUUUUUUCCCACCUCUUCUGAUAACUGUUUUAGUUCAUUGAUUCACACCAAUGUUUAGGGAAGUCAGUGCAGGGAGGGGAAACUUUCAAUGCCAUUAUAAUUUAUGCAGCAUUUUUUAUUUGCUGCAUUUACAUCCCAUCUUUCCUCUGCAGAGCUCACUGCAUCAUUCUCCUCCACCCCCAAUCUUAUCCUCACAACAUUCAUGUCAAGUAGGUUGCUUGCAUUUGCACCAGAAUUCUAGAGGUCCUCAGCAAUGCACAGUGUUAGAGUUCACAUUAGGUGGACCAGUGGUCUGAUGUGAUAUCGUCAGUUUCCUAUCUACCGUAUUUUUCUCUCUAUAAGAUGCACUUUUCCCCUCCUAAAAGGUAAGGGGAAAUGUGUGUGUGUGUUUUAUGGAGCAAAUGCAGGCGGGAGGCUCUGCUCAGCGCUCCCUUUAAAGAGCCGCGUGGAGGGCUUUUCCCCGAAGAGGGACAAGGGCAGCCCUGCAUGCUCUUUAAAGGGAGUGCGGCUCUUGGGGGAGCCUUAGCCGCGCGCAGCCUCUCCUGGGCAGUAGGAGCCUUCAUCCCCUGCCUGGUAGAGGCUGCGCGCGGCUAUCCCAUAAGCCAGGACAGCAAGCGGGAUUGCUGCGCAGUGAUCCCGCUGGCUGUCCUGGCUUCUGGGAUUCAGAAUAUUUUUUUUUUUCUUGUUUUCCUCUUCCAAAAACUAGGUGCGUCUUAUGGAGCGAAAAAUACGGUACUCCUCCUUGUGUUAAUAUAAGAAUAUUGCAUAAACCCCUUGCAUGGAAUGAUGUCUUGAAGUGACCUGCAUUAAAUAGUGAUAAGCCAUCUGUUGAGGUGUAAUGAAGAGUUAUUGCACAAAGAGUAGCUGGCAUGGCGUCUUGUCACAUGUUCUGGGCUACAUUGUCCCUAAUCAUUGAUUGAUCUUGCUGACUUGGUCCAAUGGGAGUUGAGUCUAGCAACCUCUGAAGGACACCCUGUUGUCUACCUCUGAAAUAGGCUACCACACCUGUAGUCAUUCUUUCCUAUCAUGCUUUCAGGUGUUGGUAUAACAGCAGACAGCAUUGGAGUGAUAAAGAGAUGGGCUGGUUGUUCCAUCAGCUGUGUAUUUAGUGAAAUGAACAUUUCAUUAAAUUCUUGGGGCGUGGUACUCGACCAAACAGUUUUGUAAGUCCAAAUGAGUUGUGUUUGGACAUUGGGGCUUCCCCUGUGUGCCCCACCAUAUCCAAAUCUGCUCCAUAAGGUAGUGGGAACCCCAGAACAGAUUUAAGAGGGUGCACUGUGAUGGGGAGGAAGAACAUUCUCUUGCGCAGAGACAAAUCAUUGUGUUGAUAGACUGUUCCUCCUUAGUGCUACUUUGAAUACAUGCAACCCAUGACUUUACUAUAUUAGUACAGAGACAAAUGGCUAGUAGCUUUCCAUUGGAAAAGCAUUUUGUUAAACAGAUGUACAUUCCACCUCGUUGCAAGCCCUAAAGUGGAUUGCAAUAAAAAUAACAAAAUUCACACACAAAAAACGUGAAGCUUUAAAAAUAUUUGUUCUUCUUGUCUUCCCCCAGAAUUUAUCCAGCUGUUUGUGGUGGUUGUUCAACCAAGAACCUGGAAGACUCUAUGUGGAGCUACAAUUCUUUUGCGCUGUAUUUAAUUUUGGUCAGGUAAUAUUGACUCUGACAUCACACCUCCGAUCUUACAUUCACUUGACUGAGACAACAUCUCACUGAACCCAGUUAGCAUGCAUAAGAAGAUUGGGAUAAAAAGAGUUUGCCAGGAAGGGGGGAAGGGGCCCCUCUUUGUUCCUUUGCUUAUUAUGAACUUAAAGAAAAUUAUGUUGAAAGUACUCGCUCUGUCAAUGUGCUCUGACAAGUUGCACUGGGUUCCUGGCUGCUGUACCAGUCUUUAAAGGGAGGGGGGGAAAUACUCAUUUCCAAUAGACAGAUGUUUCAUUAGCAUCUGUCACCAAGACAGAGGAUGGAUGGAUGUUUCAGCAUUAUCAGGUGACUGUCAUCAAGGUCUGUAGAUUUCAAUGAGUGCACAUUAUUGAAAGUAGUCAUUAACUUGUAACUUAGGUAUUUGUACUAGCACUUAUUUUAAUUCCUGCUGCUGUUACCACAUACACCCUUGUGUGUGUAUAACCUGAAGUAAAAUAAAAGCCACAAAGUGUCUUGGGAUACCUUAAAAUUCCUUAGAUUUUAGUGGUCUACUUAUCAAUGUUUCUUUUUAAAAAAAUAAUAACAAUCCUUUCUUUUUCAGGGAUUCAUUUCUUUUGGAAUUUUUGGUUUAGACAAACAUCUUAUUAUUCUUCCAUUCAAACGGAGGUAAUUUUCCAAAUAAGUAUAUGAAUGUGUUAAUAAUGCCAACUGUCUUUCAGAUUUGACUCCCAACUAAUGUUAUUUCUGCCUUCUCUUCUGUGCAGCUCUUAACUUUUGUACCAUUCACGAAACAACAUUCACAUACAUGGAAUGGGGCUUUCUCUUCAACUCAUUCUCUGUGGCCCUCUGUUCUUGAGAAUCUGCUAUAUGGGAUUGAGGGGGGGCUUGAGGAUGGUAGGAGAUAUUAAUACGGUGGGCAGGGGUGGAGUUUACAAAUUGCUGUCCUCCUUACACAAACAGAGCAGCUUAGGAUCCAAGCUAUAGUCACCAAAUGAUGGAACAAGUGUGUAUAAAUCAGCCCAAAGGGUACAGUCACACCUCGGAAGUCGAACAGAAUCUGUUCCAGAAGUCCGUUCGACUUCCAAAAUGUUCAGGAACAUGGCUCCUGCAGCCAUCGGAAGCUGCAGAAGUCGUGACGGUCUUUCGAGUUCCAAAUAACGUUUGCAAACUGGAACACUCACUUCCAGUUUGGCGUGGCGUUCAGGAGCCAAAACGUUUGUCUUGCAAGACGUUUGGCUUCCAAGGUAUGACUGUACUUGAAUUCAGGAGCAGAAAUUCACACCUAUUCGUCCCGUUUUCUAUUCCAUGCACAAUUUUUCGAAGGCAAAAAACCCCACAAAAAUUCUCAUACUGCUUCUCCCUUGAAACUAAUUAUUUUCAAAGACCUGAUGUGAUAACUCAUCUAUACAUAAUAGAAAGAUAAUGUACGUAGAUAUUUAUAAUAAGACGUUCCUAUUUCUUUUUAUUUGUUGUAAUAUUUCAGUGGGCUUGUUUCAGAUUGACUUUUUCUCUCUCCAGGUUUGAAUUCCUCUGGGGAAACAGGACAUCGGAGCGCAGGGAAUCCACUGUACCCGAGGAAAUCCGGAUGACGUGCCAACAGUUUGUUAAUUACCACAAAGAGAUGUGUGUCAGGAGCAUUGUCCAAGACAGAAGGUGGGGCUGUAUACCAAUGUAAAGAUUUAUUCAAACUGUUUCUAUUCUUGGAUGAUGGAUACACUUUGCAAUCAGUUCUGGUGUCCUAAUCUCUGAGUGUUUUGUGUUGGAAAUGCUUCCAAAAAACACUAAAUAUGCAUGUGAAAGCCUCUAGACUUGUGUUUUGUUUUCUAAUUCCUGGACUAAGGUAUGCUUGGUCUUAAACCAAAACAACAGGAAAUCAUUUUCAAGAUUCUUUUUCUGAGUUAACAUAGUGUCAGACUAGUGGAAAGUGGCUGGCAUUGCUGAGGGAUUCUAAGGAACCAAAAAUUCAGUGCAGUUUUGAAAUUAGUGAUUAAAUAAUAAUAAUAAUAAUAAAUUUUAUUUAUAUCCCGCCCUCCCCAGCCGAAGCCGGGCUCAGGGCGUCUAACAACUAAAAAGUGAGUGCUGUCUUGAAAGGUUUGGUGUGUCGAUUCAAAAUGGCAUGCUGUUGUAUCCUGAAACUUAGGACAAGAAUCUGCUCCUUGAUCUCAGCAACCAUCCUACAAAAUUUGCUUAUGAUACCUUAAAAGAUCUUCUAUAUGCCUAGAGAACAAACUUCUUUCUAAAAUAUAUAGUAGAUCAUGCUAGUAUGCUCAAAUUGUAGCCAAUCAUUUUACAUGCUGAUCGAAAACAAUUUACGGUACAUCUCCUUAAAAUACAUUUUAAUAAAUGUUUUAAUUUUCCAGUAUAACACAAAAAAAUCGCCAUAUAAUAAAUAUAACCCCUCCCCUCCUCAUGAGAACAAAGUAAAGAGUUCAGCCAAAUAUAUCCCACCACUGUUUGGCAUGCAUUGGCAGAGGUUGGAUGAAAUUGGUUUCUGAUAUGUAUUUCAACAAGGUAAUUUUCCAUUUGUUGCCUAUUCAGUGUUUUUAACUGUUUAGUCAGCUUUUCCAAUCCUUUUGAUUUCAAGCAGGCAACUGCAAACAAUCCAAACCCUUCCCAUUUUGUGCAAGCAAUGGAUAAUUUGCAACCAGUAGAAAGUCUUAUUUAAAACAUUUGAACCUCAAACAUUUAAUGCAAGAACUCAAAAGUAGUGGUGGGAGAAGCUACUGUUUUCUAACCUGUCAUCCUCCACAUAGUAUUGCAUGAAACCAAGAAAUCUUGGGCUUAAAACUCCCAUCAGAUGGAGUUCUUACUGAUGCUACUCUUGGUGUAUUUUUUAAUCACUUUAGAGAUCAAACCUAUUAUGUACCUGAAGUCCUAAAUCGGGUGGGGAUCUAUUCAUUCAAGGAGCAGCUGAUUAGCAAAAGGGGACUUGGAUAUGUCCCAAAGCAUGUAAUUGUGGCUUCUAACUCUGCAAAAUCAGCUGCAAGGAGACCAAAGCAGAGGGCCUGGGUGGGUGUAUCUCAGCAGAAAGGUACUUACAUUCCUGAAGAGAUAUUCAAAAUGCUGUCCACACACCUUGCAAUUUCUUGCAUGCAAUCUUUGGGAUGCAAAGUUCAUUAUUAAGUUUGAGGCUCUGAAUAGCUGUAAGGCAGGGCUUGCAGUCCCAACUGUGCAUUGUUUAGAUGCUCAUUCACCUGCACAGUCAGGACUGAGGAAGGGUGUUGGAGAAAAUGGGAUUGUGUGUCCAUGGGGCAAUAGCUGUGUGUGUGUCUGUGUCUGGUGUUAGGGGUGUAUGAUCAUAUGUGGGUCUGGCCUUGUCCACUCUGAGAAUGCAGCCCCCACGACAGCUUUUCACCAGGGUGCUACAGCCCUUGGCCUGAAAGAAAGUUCCCCACCCCUUUCCCAAAUGAGAGAGUUGUGUUUGUCACGAUGUUUUCAGAUAUAAGCAGUGAGGUUUCCAGUUCAGGAUUACAUAUUUCCCAAAAGUUUUGUCUUUUGGGAUAAGGGGUAUAUAAUAGACUUACUGAAAAGGAAUUUUAGAACAGUCCUUGGGAAUUCCCAAGAUGGCUUGAGUUAGGACAAUUCUGCUGAAUUCUUUGUUUUUUAAGUUCUGAAACGAAAUGCUUUUUUUGUUUUGUUUUGAGUAUGUACAUUUGUACAGUGCCCUUAUUUCCAUACUGUGGUGAAAUAUAUGCAUUCUCUUGAUCCUUUCUCAUGUAUGUGUUUUUCUUCUAAUGUUUUUUCUCUCUCUCCUUCUCAGUUGAAUGUUCUGCAUCGGUCCUCUUCUGUUGUUGUUUCUUCUUCUUCUUCCAUCCUUUUGUGUGUUGGAUCUGCUUCACUUCACUAAUCCAAAUAAAUUUUUGCUCAUCGUUUUAAUAAAAAUGCUGAUUGGUUCCUUCUUUACGUUGGUUUGCUGCCUUGUGUAGCUGGUCAUAUUGGCUUGCUCUAACUCUCUAACACAUGCUUCCUUACAAGAUAAGCAGAAACAUUCACUAUCACAGGUCAACUUCUGAACAAUACCCUUGUGGCUGUGGGUAGUUUUUCUCCACUGUGUCAUUGGAAAUAGAACUAGAUCUUUUUCUCUUCCAAAUGUCGUUCUCAGUAUCUUGCAUAUUCACAACAAUUUAGGGGAAUUAAAAAAGUUCAAUUACUGUUCUUAUACAGUAAUAGAGAAUUCUCAAUUUAAGUUUGAAAAACAAGUUAACGUAAUUGCAAUUAAAAGGUAGCCAAGUCGCCGUACAGUCCCCCAAGGCAGCACUUCCCCUGUUUCAAAGCUCCUUGCAGUAUGAAUUGCCAUACAGGAUUGGCAUCACCCUGCCAGACAGAUGCAUUGCAGGCAAGUGGUGUGCGCAACUGCACCAGCAACUAGGCUGGAGGGCUUUUGAAUGGACUCCUGCUGAUUUAGUAACCUUGACUUAGGGGCCAGCGGGUUUAAAUGGCUCUCAGUCGGAAGAGAAAGCUGCUCCAGACGUUGUGCUAGUGAAUGUUGGAAAGGUGGCAAAACGGUCCCUGAAUGGUUCCUCCUUUAGACUGUAAGGGGGGAUUGAUCACCUGUGUGAAUCAUCAUCAUCCUUUUAUUUGUAUGUCCCCUUUCCAUAGUUGAAACUAUGUUCAAGGCGGCUUACAACGUGACAAGAUUUACACAAUUACCAACAUAACAAAAGUCAUAAGCAAUAAAUAAAACGCAUCAAAAAUACACAACCAAAUGGAAACAAUUAUUAAAAGAAAUACUUAGCUAGCAUGUAAAGAUAGCAUAAUUAUAUUUCCCACGUUUAGUCCCCAGCAUCUCCAGGUAGGGUGGGGAAACCCUGGAGAGUCAGUGUCCACAGUCAUGGCCUAGAUGGACCCUGGCUUGGUCUAAAGCAACUUUGAAUGUUACUCUACCAGCUUGUUCUCCAUUUUUUAAAUGCAGGCACGCAAUCCUCCCCCUGCAGUCUGAAAUGGUACAGUGGUUUACUGCCACUUCUGCUGUAUAUUGUGUGAACCAGGUAGCAAUCGGACUGAUUGAAAUGUGGAUUUCCCCUACUCUUUCCAUCCUUUUUGUUACACGGAGUGGAGAUCUUAGUUCGUAUCACUAUGAAUGUUGAACUAGUGGUAGUUCAUGCUAUACUAACCCACAUAGAGUGUUAUUUUAUGCAUAUGCUGGCUUCAAAUGACUUGUGCAUGCAUGUUGAUUGUGACUUAGAAAAAAGAUAAUCCAGGUUUGCAAACAAAAAAACCCCACAACCAUGCUUAACUAUACACAUGACCUCCUUUUUAACAAUUCUUUUAACUGUCAUGCUGUCUUUCCUUGUUUCCCCCUAUUUUUCCCCCUUUGUCUUCACCCAUCAAACAGUGGUGGUACGAGAUUUACAGAGCAUGUGGGUGAAUCCUUCCUUUGA